AUGCGGCUUCAAUACUGCCUCAAUGCAACAAGAGCCAGCCGCCAAUUCUCCACCCACAACCCUCUCCGCACGAACUCCAACAUCUCCACCUCCACCUCCGCAUCCGCCAUUGCAACAGCCUUCCUCUCGCGCUUCCAAUCCCUGGGCCCGCAAACUCGCACGCAAAUCCUCGAUGCCAACCAACUCCAGCUCCUGUCGCUCACGCUCAGCCGGCCCGCUCUCUUCCCCUCCUCCCCAUCCCUGUCCAACGCCUCGACGCCGCUCCCUCCCGGCACCCCGCUCCCCGCCGGCUACCACCUCGUCUACUUCACCCCGGCAUUCCUCGAAACCGAACUCGGCCUCGACGGCACCGACACCUCCUACAAUCCAGCCGCCCCCUUCACCCGCCGCAUGUGGGCCGGCGGGGAGGUGCAAUGGCCGCGGGACGCCACGACCGGCCGACCGAAUUUCCUCCGAGUGGGCCAGGAGGUCCACGAGACGACGCGGGUGCUGAGCGCCUCGCCCAAGGUCGUCCGCAAGACCGGCGAAGAGAUGAUCGUGGUCGGCGUGGAGAAGGAAUUCCGCAAUGAGGAUGGAGUCGCGGUUGUAGAUCGGAGGAACUGGAUCUUCCGCAAAGCCCUACCAUCCCCCGUCCCACCAUCCACCACCCCACGACCCCCACCAACAACAACAACCGAAAACAGCAACCCAAGUCCCAGUGCCACGACAACAACAACAACAACAGGCAAGACCCACACGCGCACCCUCCGGCAGACCCCCGUCACGCUCUUCCGGUUCUCGGCCUUGACCUUCAACCCGCACAAGAUCCACUACGCGACGCCGUGGGCGCGCGAGGUCGAGGGCCACCGCGACAUCGUCGUGCACGGGCCGUUGAACCUGAUUGCCAUGCUGGAUCUGUGGCGCGAUACGCGGGGCUCUCGGGGGUUGCCGCUGCCGCUGCCGCUGCCGGAGAGCAUCAGCUACCGCGCGACGAGCCCGCUGUAUGUCGAGGAGGAGUAUCGGGUGGUGCUGGAUGAGGAGGCGCGGGAUGGGGUGGGGCGGGUUGAGAUUCUGGGGCCGGGGGAGGUGGUGGCUAUGAAGGCUGAGAUUCGGUAG